AUGGUGCCACUUGUAACUGCAUACCGCUAUGAUGGACCAGAGGAUCUGAAGGCUGAUCCCAAGGAUGAGUACCUCAAGAUGCUGCGAGCGAUCAUCCGGUGCUUCACCUGCCCCGACAGGUACUUCAAGAAGGUUGCCAGGCAGGCCAUUGCGGGUCUAGGCACAGACGAGAGCUCCCUGACCCGGGUCAUCACCACCCGCGCGGAGGUGGACCUGAGGUUUAUCAAGGAGGCAUACCAGAAGAGGAACAGCGUGCCACUGGAGCGCACCAUCGUGGGGGACACCUCCGGCAACUAUGAGAACAUGCUCCUCACGCUCCUGGGGCUGGAGUGA